AUGACUCGCAAGAAGGCAUUGCUGAUCGGUAUCAACUACACCGGCACCGAGAACGCGCUCAACGGGUGCCAUAAUGACGUGAAUAACGUGCGCGACUUCCUUGUCAACGACCGCGGAUUCUCGGAUGACUCCAAGGAUAUGGUUAUUAUGACAGACACACCAGACAACGAGGGCACGCCGUUCUGGCCGAGCGGCGAGAACAUCCUCGCCGCGUUCAAGUGGCUGACAUCCUAUAACCAAGACGGUGACAUCGUAUGGCUGUCAUACUCGGGACAUGGAGGCCAGGUCAAGGACACCGAUGAUAACCGGCCGACGGGCUUCGACGAUACCAUCUGUCCUGUCGACUUUACAGAGCAUGGGCAAAUAUCCAGCGAAAUUCUGCACCGGAAGAUCGUCUCCCCUAUGAACCCGCGAGCGAGACUUACCAUACUGUUCGACUGUUGUCACUCGGGCUCGGCCUGCGAAUUGCCUUUUGUGUUCCGGCCGGACGCGGAGGGAAACGUCAACCUGCUGGACCAUAUAAAGAAGGGCGUGGGGCUGGUGCACGCGGCGGGACAGCUGAUGCGAGGCGGGUUCAGCCGUGACAAGAUCGCGGACGCCAAGAUGCUGCUCGGUGGUGCGACGGACUUCUUCAACGGGUUGCACCACGCGCGCAACGGCGGGGCAGACGACGAGGGCCUAGCGCCAGAGCAAUUCGAUGAGGACUGGGAAGAUGAGGGCAAGGACGUGUGGAUGUUCUCAGGCUGUCGAGAUGACCAGACAUCGGCAGAUGCGACCAUCUCAGGGGCAGCAACAGGGGCCAUGUCAUGGGCGUUUAUCGGGACGAUGAGGGAGGACCCAGACCUGAGUUAUCGACAGAUCCUGCAGGCCACUCGCGCGAAGCUGGUGGAUAACUACGAGCAGAUCCCGCAGCUGAGCUGUGGCGGGCAUUACGACCUUGACGAGCCUCUUAGGGAUCUACGUCUGAUAAUGAGCCUGUCUAUGAUGCUGUCGAGUGUGCGCCAGCCCAAGACGGCCCAAGCUCCCUGCCCAUCAAGGUUCUGUCGCACCUUCGGUACAUCAGAGCUCAGGCUCAACUCCAACAACACCAAUCUCAAUCUCAACUUCACUUUCCAUCUCGACCUCAGCUGUCUGUCCAGUCAGCACAGCAUCUCACAUUUGCUUGCCUUCCACCUUUCAUCUCGUCAGCCGACACGCAUCACUCAAGUAGAACUACACGCGCCUGACAGGUCAACAAAACAAUGGAUCGCAAUCAACCGGCUGCAGCGGCCAGUCUCCUGGGAGGGUAAAAUCAUCGCAGAGAUCCUCCGAAGCUACCGCGACCUCGUCAAUUUUGCGACCGAGCCCAUCACCAACAAGACUUCGACAGGUCAGGCCUCGUACAACAGUAUGGCCAUGGACCUGGAGACUCAGAACCUCAUAAAAUCAGUUGAGAACCUGCUCUCCCUGACCCGCCGUAUCCGUGAGCUCUGGAUCGUAGGCCCGCUGCGAAAGCCUGGAGAGGGUGACCGCACCGAGGAGACUAUCGAUUCUGAGGUGCAAAAGGUCGUUGGCAUUCUCAACCAGCUGCGAGCAAACAAGCGCCAACAGCUCGUCAGCGAGGGAGGCGGCUACGGCCAGUUUGAGGUGGGCGACCUGGCCCAACCAACACAGCCCAGCUUGCCUAGUGCUCCGGGCUCGACAUCGGCUCCUACGAAUGGCGCGGCACCGCAGAAUGAGUCCGCCGGCACCGGGCUGGCACGUAAUCUGGUGCGCUUUUUGAGGCUCUGGACAUCUACUCAUCGGUACCCGGCCCCACCAGAGACGACUUCGGCGUUGCUGAAGAUCCUUGCUAACAGCAUGGCUUCGUGGGAAACCCGUGAUGAGACUUUGAGAAAGGGCUACGAAUUUGUGAUGAGUGCCCCUGGUAUCCCACCAGAGCGACCCGGUAUCACCGAAGCUGCACCGAUAACAAACGAGACCAUAGAGGACGGAAAUAUCACGCUGAUGUUUCCACAAGAGGGAUUCGUCAGCUUCGAUCCUGCAAGACAAGCAGAAGACGAGGAUGAGGAUAAAGAGGAUGACGACUUCGCGCCACUGUCACCUAUUGGCACCCCGGAUUGGAAAUUCGUCCAACAGAUUACUCAGCCGAGCCCUGAAGGCAAGUCUUUGAUGCAAGAUUUCGAGGAUACCAUGACAUCGCCGACCUAUCCACCCGAGAGCGUCAGCGCUGCAAUGGAGGACUUGGCCGAGGACCCCAGUGCGGACCAGCAAACCAGCGAUUCCAAGCCGGCCAACUCGACGGAUGAGUCUAGCGAAUCGCGUUCAUCUCUGACAUCGCCAUCGUCGCCUGAAGACGAGGCAGCAACUGGGUGCUCCUCUGUAGGCGUGUCGCCUCGGGAUGACAGCAAGGAUGAGAGCUCGAGCGUGAAGCAUACAGGAGAGUCUCCACAGCCGACGGACUAG